AUGGCUUCUAGACCAAACCCACCAGAAGUGGGGUCUCCACAAUGGAUAUUCAAUGAGCUGGCAGACGCGCAUCGCAAAGAGGCGGACCAUUUUGAAGAUUUUACAAUUGCAUUCAGAAACGAAUUAGAAUGGCUUACAGAGCAUAUGGCGGAUGUGUUUACUCAAGGAUCCACAAUAGACAUAACCGAGUUAUACAAGACUCCUGGAAAGCUCAGAGGGAAGACCCCCCGGAACCCACCCAAAACAGUGCUUAUCGAAGAGCAAAAGGAUGACAAUAUUCUCGUCACAUCUCCCGCGAGGAUAGCUUCGCCAAUCUGUCUAGGUCAUGAUGUAGUAAUAAGACCGAUGACGCCGCAACUUAAAGAAUCAUUUGAUAUCGAAUCGGACAGUGCAGUUUCAACUCCAGAAUUGAUGAGGGAUAGUGGGUCAUCCGCGGCGGGCUCCUUCGGUCUAGUCUCCAACGAACCGAUCGAAAGAAGUUCUCCCGCAAAGGUACCAUCCUACCAAAAUGCUCCAGAUAUCGCUGGUGAAAUUGCAGAGAGAAGAACAUGCUCCGGCGCAAGCCGCAACUCAUCGACUCUUGCCGAAGAGGAUUGCCCUAGUAAUGAUCUUGAUGCAAUCGACGAGCCUACUUAUUCUGAAACCUCGUCUCAUGAUGCCAGCUCGAAGAACUCCGGAGAAGGAGAUCAUGAUCUUCUCCGAUUCCCGAGUCCCUUGGCGAGGAUUCCUACAGAUCUCCAUGCCGAUUCGUCAGUUGGACCUUCAAGUUCCCAAGCCCCCAAGGAGCGGGUGCUGCGGGCUAUUGAAAGGGAGGCUUCAGUGUCACCCGUGCAGGCGUCCAACCCAGUUGCGCCGUCUUCUCCCAUAUCACCAAUUCAAAAAAUGGAUAAUCCUGUGACCCCGAAGCCUCUCAUAACGGAUGUGGCUGCCGGCUCCGACACACCAAGUGAAACGGCGUCGCCAACUGGAGUAGCCCGAAGCAGCAUGAACUUUGCAUCGUUGCCUGCUCGAGAGACUUUGACCUACAAAAAGAGCAUGGGGGGCUCAAAUCCAACUGGGCCGCGGAGCAGCCAUGUAGAUGACAGGGCAAGUUUGUUUGGCCGGCUUACCGGUGGUAAAAGCUUAGGUGCAUCAAGUAUUGCUGGUGAAAUAGGGAUCACGGACACCCCGAGCACUCCAGGCCCGAUUUCCAUAGUACCGGGCCAUCACCAUACCUCUGACGAGGAAGACGAGGACGAGGACCUUAAUGAGCAGCUCCGUCUCGCCGAGAUGAACAAAGCUUCAGUAAUGCAGUUUUCUGACAAGAACCCUACGCAACGGCUUGACGAGAAGAUUAGGCAAUUGAGCCAACAAAGUACCAGCCGGCUCUCCAAAUCAAUAUCCGCCUCGUCUCUCCUGACCACAAUCCAAACUGAAGACCUCGACGGCUCUAAAUUAGCCAAAGUUGCUAGAGACACUGGAGAUACGGAAUUGCCACUGAGGCCAAGAGGAUCUAUGCAAUCAGACGACGAAGAUUGGAUACCGUCACUACCACGUGUUUUAAGGACAGCAGCUACGCAUUCAAGCUUAGGAUCAUCUUCGCCAAUACGGCUAGUUCCUCCUUCUCCUAGCAAGGCACUCAACCCGUCACACAAGAAAGUGACUAUGACACCGGUGAUAACAAAAUUACACGCACCAGUGUCAAUGAACAAAAAAGAUAUAAACACCGAAGUCACAUACCCAACUCUCCCAGUGCCACCACUGUCAGCCACUGAAGCUGAGAUUUCAAGUUCGAAAUCUCGGGAUGACCUCGAAGCCUCUGUCGCCAAAAAGAACCAACCAACCCUCAUAUCUUUUGCUAAGCAAUUGUUCUGGGGAUCACCUAAACCCGCAUCCCCUUCGAAAGAGGCACCGCAGAAUCUAAAUAGCGAAGGAAGAGAGGACGAAGCAAGGGACGAGGACACGGCUCUAAACGGGAUACUCUAUCCUGAAAUGCAAGCUUCCGCCUCCUUAGAUUUAGAUGAGGAUUUAACUCCAUCCGAAGCGCGGCAAACCCCCGAAAAGGCGUCGAAGCUUCAGAAAGGCGGCUUGAUCAAGUACGGAGGGGUACCCAAGCGUGAAGUCCAACUGAAAGGGCCUUCCUCCGCCAUUACCGAAGGAAUUAACCUUAUCCCAGAAAAUGCUGAUGACAUCAUCAAAUCACCUCUUGUCUCAGAUAAUGACCCUUCGCUUCCCGGGUCGCCUUUUUUUGAAGCUAUUGCAUCAGAAGAGGAUGAUGUAGAGGAUGAGAAUGGUGACCUACCUACUAACACUAACCCGAGGGAAAGCCCGGCUUAUUGCGACAUAUCACCCCAAGCUGGGAGCCUGAGAGAACCACGCAAUCGCCGUUCCUUGCAAUCAAAAACUAACGAUCUUCGGAAGCCCAAUCGCGCCCUUUUCGGUGUGAAAGAAAGCGGGAUUGCUAAGCCAAAGGCGGUUCUAUCCUCCAAUCGACUUAUUACAGGUUCACAGCGUGAAGCAGAACUAAGGAGGAAUGGGAAUCACAAUCCAUUAUCAAAUCAGGCAGCUCUUGUCAAUGCUUUGGCCGAAACGUUCGGGCCUACUAAAGAACCGCAUUCUCGUCCCCUCUCCGCAAUGUCCAGCUCUUCUACACACAGCCGCCAAGCCCCGAAAUCAAUAGCUGCACUUAACUCCGCAGCAAAGGCGCAGAAAAGGGAACAGGAAGAAAAGGAACGGAAGGCUGCUCAGAGACAGGAGAUGGAGCGUAAGAGACAGGAGAACUUGAAACGGGAAGUGCGCCGUGAGGAGGAGAGGAAACAGCUACUUGCAAAGGCAGCAAAGAAACAGCCCUCAAAGACCUUCGAUGAGGAAGAUGUGAAAAAGAGGAUUCCGACGGCGGGGAAGGGUACACAGGGAAUAUUUCAUCCCUCCAAACUACUCCCGAAAGCAACGCCCUUCUCCCACAAAAGCGGCCUCAGUUCUUCCAAAUCUCAACCGGAGCUAAAGCGUCAACCCAAACGAAUCCUCCCGACAGAAGAAGAGAACAAAUUACAAAAGGAGGAGGUCAAUGCCAAAGAUUCGAAUCAGCAAGACCCGAAACGCAGAAAAACGGAGGAUGCAGGGGAAAACCCGACCCCCUCUACCUUCGCACCCCCUAUUCGCCAGUCGACUGCUAAGAAAGAAAACCUACCGCCCUCGAAAAUCGGAGGUAUAUUUAGCCAAGAUUACACAGCCGCAGGCCAGGGCCAGGCACAUACCCUCGCAAAGUCAGCAUUACCAAUACAACUCGCUAAAUCCACGCCUUUGCCACAAGUCGAGGCUGUCAAAUACUCCCAUGAUAAGCUCAAAUUUGGGACAAUGGUUACACCUUCCGCGCAAAAGAUUGGAAGAAAACUUUCUACCGCUCCUCGUGAAUCGCCAGUGUACCCUAACCCAGAAAGCAUAGAUCUCCCAGAGAUACACACAGACUCCGAGGAUGACGACGAUGAUAAGUCCUUCCAUGUCCCCAAAUGGGCCGACUCACCGGAGCUUCGCCAGGCUUUGCAGGAUCAAUUAGGAAUAGAUCCAGAAACAAUAUUCGGCCCGAUAGCACCUCUUUCCAUGGAAGACAUAUUCAGAGGGAGGAGUGAUAGAGCAAAGUUCAGAGCCCGAACAAGCUCCGCAAAUUGGUCCGGUGCCGAUCGACUAACGACUGCGGAAAUCGAAGCUGACAGAGUUGAGCGCCAACGUAUUCUCGACAAUGGUGGCUGGACCUAUCAAAAGCCGUAG